AUGCAACAGAUUCAAUGUCAUAGUAAUACGGCGCUACAUUCAUCAGUGCUUUCGAGAAAACAUGAAAAUUUAUGUCAAGCAUAUGAAACUAUUAUCCGAUAUUGCGGAGAUGAUUGCAAUCGUCAAGAAUUAAUUAAAACACCCGAGAGAGCUGCCCAAGCCAUGCUUUUUUUCACCAAAGGCUACGAAGACAACUUGCACGAUUUGAUUAAUGGAGCAGUAUUUAACGAAGAUCAUGAUGACAUGGUGAUUGUCAAGGAUAUCGAGGUGUUUUCCUUGUGUGAACAUCACCUGGUGCCUUUCAUCGGUAAGGCACAUAUCGGUUACAUACCAAACAAGAAAAUUUUAGGUCUCAGCAAGAUCGCACGUAUCGUUGAAAUGUUCAGUCGACGUUUGCAAGUGCAAGAACGACUGACGAAGCAAAUAGCAGCAGCAUUAUCAGAAGCGAUACAACCAUUUGGUGUUGGCGUUGUUAUAGAAGCCAGUCAUAUGUGUAUGGUUAUGCGUGGUAUCCAGAAAAUCAACGCAGUUACUAUUACCAGCUGUAUGGUAGAUAUUUUCCGGGAUGAUGCAAAAACGAGGGAAGAAUUUUUGAAAUUAAUUAAAAAUUAA